GAUGGAGCCCAGCAGCGCGCGACUGUGCCCGAGCAAUUUGAGGACGUGGGGCCCCUGUCUUUAUCAUACUACGGUGCGGCAGUAUUCAAUACAGAUAGCAGGGAACACGUUGGCCGAAAGAAACGCCACGUCGCGCUCCGCGGCCUGGUGGCGGAACCCGUGGUUGUGAUUUCCCAGGGGAAGCUCGACUACGUCGGGUACGCGCAGGCGAGCAAGCUCGCCGCGGACAAGGAGCUGACCGCAUACGCGGCCACUUCGGUGGAGUUGGCCCUGGAGCGCUUCUCCACGCUGGGCAUCCUGGAGGCUGACGCGAAGAACGCCGACCCCUUCGCCUAGCGGGAGGCGAUGACCAAGAUCCAGGGCCAGCUCACUAAGCACAACUACCAGUCUACGAAAUGUUGCAUCCCGCGGUGCUCGCAAUCUACCGUGCUGGCUUGAGGAUGCAGAAAGCGAGCUAGGGCACUGAGGCCUCGUGAGUCCCCCGCCCCCCUCGAGCAGCAAGCCAAACAGAGAACAUUCACACCAUGCGCACAUCUAACAAUCUAGUGGCCUGCGGCCCAUGCCGCCACCGUGCCUGGGUUGUUGGGUCAGAG